UGUGGAUUUUGAAUUUUACGUUCGGAUUCUGAUUUCGUUUUCUGGUGGGCUUUUUAAUUGAUCAGCCACCAUUCGCCAAACGAAUGCAGUCGAAAUUAAUUGAACAUGAUGGAAAAAAUAUUCAACCACAAACAUUUAGAGAGUAAUCGAAACGAUGAGCGCGCCACUGUGCCACAAUUUCGGUUUACACCUGUCGAAGCUGCCACUCCCACGAGAAACUUUUUCUACCACCAAACCAGCAACAGCAGCAGCAACAGCAACAACUGGAGGCGCCACAACCAUAGGAAAAAGCAAAAGAGCAACAACAUCAGUGAUAUGGAACGGUGCAUAGCAACAAAGUCAAAAACCGAAACCGCUCAGAGUUCAAUGCAGCAAAGCAGCCAGUGCAGCCAAUGCAGCCAGUGCAGCAACAACCGAAACUAUCAAAAGAAAUGCCACCAAAAUCAAACAAACACUCAAGUACAGAGCACUCAGCAAAGCAAUUGCAGCAGCCACAGAGAUCGAGACCACCUGACAAACCAACAAAAGCAACAAAACCAACGAACAAAUAGUGCAACAGCAACAGCAGCAGCUGCAGCUGCAACAUCAUCAAAUUGCGCUACGUGCAACAUCAGCAGCAACAUAAGCACUAAGCGCAGUAAAAACAUCAGGGAGCCAAGCUGCAGCACACAAUUAAACACCCUCUACGCGCUGCUGGUGCUUUUGAUAGUCGGCCUUGCCGCAGCCACCGCCUCACCCAGCCCCGCCCCCUUUUCCCGCGAGAGCAGGCGCGAUGCUCUUUUGGCCUACUACAAGCGGGCGCACCUGCCACAGAGCGGUGGUAGCAGCAUUUCCCUGGGGCACGAGUACCACAGCCAGCACAAGUAUCAGUAUCACCUGCUCCACGAUGCCAAUGGCCUUGACUUUGACGAGCUAACACCCACCGCCAGCAGCGUGUCCGCUCUCAGUCGGGCGGAGCGUUUUCGAUUGCGUAAGCGCAGCGCCACGCCCACAACGCCCGCCAGUGCGGCAGCUGCCACGGCAGCUAUUCCACUGGAUGUUGCAACUGCAGCAGGAGCAGCAGCAGCGAAGGAGACGGACAGCGGGAAGAAGCCGGAGGAGAAGUGCGAGCCAAGAGUACUCGAAACGCUGCCAGAUGAGCCGUUUUACGACUACACCGACAUCGCCGAGGAUGCCGCACGCCAGUUUAUUGAAUUUUUAUCGGGCAAAUUCCCAAAUGCCAACACACCGAUUACCAUCGAUGAGGCGACACGUGCGGAGGUGAGUCGCCGGGCCAAUGGAAUCGCCAGCUACGCCCUCAACGAGGACGACAAUCUCCUGGCCUUCGCCAUUGCCGCGCCCAGCAUUCACACGGUGGUCGUUAAAUUCAGGGAUAACGUUACGAUACCACCGGAUCAGGUGCACAAUAAGGCAUACUUGGGUUCCUAUUGGCGCGAGUUGGGUGCGGCCUGGAACAGCACGGACGGCACUCAGGAGUGGGGCGCUCCAUUCCGCGACUGCAACCUGUUGACGCGUCGCUGGCUGUGGCCAUUUCGCAUAUCCUUCAGCGAGCACAGGAUCAAAGUUGUGGCGGCUGCGUUCAUUGCCGCCGACGAGGAUGUGUGCAACGAUGGCCUGGAGGAAGUUUUCGGUCGCCGCCAUGGUUGCGAUCGCAAUACGACCUUCUGCCUGCUCACCGAGAACAAACCCGCCGCCACCCGUGAUGUGUACACCUGCCUCUGCCGGGAAUCGUACUAUCUGCCCAAUUCCACGCUGCAGGGAUUCCGUGGCGAUCGGGUGGAGCUGUCCGAGGGCUACGACAACUACUCGUGCAUUCCGUGUCCCGGCGGAUGCAGCAACUGCGAUAGCAACGGCGUCUGUUUGACCUUCCAGGAGGAGGAGGUGCUCAACGUGGACGCCUGCCUGCGCCUCCUGGUGGCCAUCGUCCUGGGCGCCUGCAUCCUGUGCUGCAUCGUCCUCGGCGUGAUUGUCUUCCGGCAGCGAAAGUGCAAGGCCAUUGCGUCUGGCAUGUGGACUGUGCUGGAGACGAUACUGCUGGGCAUUGUCUUACUUUAUGCAUCUGUUGCCGUCCAUUUCUUUCCCGCAUCCACCGAGCGCUGCCUUCUGGAGCCCUGGCUCCGGGAGCUGGGCUUCAUCACCUGCUACGGAGCCAUCAUCCUGAAGUUGUACCGCCACCUGGUGGACUUCCGCACCCGCAAGGCGCAUCGCUGGGUGCUGCGGGACGUGGACCUGCUCAAGUAUCUGGGCACCAUGGUCUUCGCCGUCAUCUGCUACAUGGCCGCGUUCACUGCCUCGUCGCUGGACCUGCUCGAAAGUGCGAAGCUGGAGAGCCUCAGGGAGGCGGACACGAACACCUGCCAGCCGCUCAAGUGGGAGCUGGUCACGCAGACCAGCGAGAUGCUCAUCCUGUGCUUCGGACUGCACCUGUCCAUCGCCAGUCGCAAUGCCAACACCCAGUUCCGGGAACGACAAUUCCUGGUGACCGCCCUGACGCUGGAGUUCCUGGUCUCGUCGAGCUUCUACUUUCUGCGCUUCGUCUACCUGCCGGAAAUGAGUCCCAGUGCCAUUCUGCUGGCCCUGUUCAUCCGCUCCCAGCUGACGAAUAGUUUCGCCUUGGGUCUGAUAUUUGUGCCAAAGUUGUGGUAUCAGCACAAGCAGGUUCGUUCGCUAGCGUAUGAUCUAUCAAUACGUUUACCUGUGGAUGCUUUCAAGGGUACGUCACACGACGCCGGCCAGCGGCUGGGCGGAGGAUAUGCCGGACUCUGUCUGGGCGAUCCGGACAUCGGGGAGCUGACCAUAUCCGAAAUGAGCCCCGAGGACAUACGCGCCGAACUCAAAAGACUGUACACCCAACUGGAGAUAAUGAAGAACAAGACUCUGAGGCAGGACAAUCCGCACAUCAGUAAGCGACGUGGCGGACGCAAGGCGGGUCACCGUCGCUUCUCCCUGCAGAAAAAGGGCAGCAAGGAUAAGGCUCUAAGUGCCAAACACCGCAGCAACAAGCAUCAUCAGGACAUCGAGAUCACCGAGGCGGAACCUUCCAGGACGCCCGAGGAUUCUGUUUGCAGUGCCGAAGGACCCACGGAUACCUAUGCGGAAAUUUCCGGCGUGUCCCACUCAAUGCUCUCCCACUCGAUGGUCUCGCACUCGAAGUAAGGAGUCCUUGCCAAGGAGACCGCAUCGCAGGAUCAUUGCGGAUAUUUGAGAAUUGUAUAUAAGUAUUAAACGGUACGAUACAUGUUGGUAUGUGUAGAUAAUAUGUGAGAAAUAGUUAUUAUAUAGCGCAACAACACAAACAAUAAAAGAAUUACUUUAAUUUCGCAAUGAAAGAAAAAACCAACAGGAAAUUGAUAGAUGAGAUGCAAAACACACAAAACACAAACAAUAACAAACAUUACUUUAUUUUUCAAUGAAACGUAAAGUAAAGAACCUUGAAAGCAGUCAAGUUUUAUAAAGUUUUGAUAAAUUUUUAGACGAUUUUACUUUAAUUUACGUUGAUUUCUCUCAGUCUUGAGUUCAGUUGAUUUCGAUGAUACGAUCACAGAUCACAGAUCAAAGUUGUUCAAACGGUAGAGCGGUAAAACAGAGCCCACCUGUGUAGGUAACGAUAAAACUGUAAAAACAAGGCCACAUACACUAAGAAAAAUACACCCAUUCCUAAAACACGCGUUUUAGUUUACCUCUGAGUUCUACGACAGUUACUAACACUCGGUUCCUCCAACCAUUUGCUUUCAACCCAACACUAUCCACAUAAUGUUGGAUAGAGAUGCUAGAGAUCUUGAGAUCAUUUUCAAUCAGCGAAUAAUCAGUUGUAAAUUUGAGCUUAUAGGCAUUAAAACUAGCAAUUCCCCCAUAACUAACGUGCGUCUUACGAUUUGCUAAUCUUACCAACUAAAGUGUAUUUGUAUUAUAUAUUAUAUUAUUAUGUACUUGUAAUUUCCACUCAUUCCCAUCCAAAAUCCGAACGGGCUAGACUUUCUGUAAAUACACAAUGUACGGGGACGAAAGAGCAAAUUGUUACAUUUUCAAAACACACAGUUCAGUUCCCGAACGAGAGUGAAAAUCAUAGGAAAAUGCUUAAUAGAGGCUAAAGUGCAUAUUUUUUUUAAACCUAGCCCAACAAACUGUGUCUCAAGUAUUACGUAUUCACUACUAGCCGAUUUCCUCCGAAAUUUGUAGAUCCCAAUCCAGAGUAUCUUAAAUUCGAUGUCCUCGAAGUAAAGAUCGUGUUAGAUCGUAUUGAAAAACACAAAGUGAAAACAUUUCAAAUGUACGCAAUAAAUUUUGGAUGAGCUCGUUAUAAAAAAAAGAAGAGGGGGAAAACAAGUCCAUAGAAAACAUAUAGUACAGUUACAUGGGCAUUUAUAAGGGUUAUGAGAAAGUAUAUCUAUAUACACUACAAAAAAUAUAUAGAAAGUAAAACAUGGCAAAUGGUUAAAUUAGGUAAACUUACAGCAUGCAUGCAACAAAUUGAGCAUUUAAAACAAAAUGAAGGCAAAAACCCAAAAUGAUAAUUAAUUAUAAAAAAAAGAAAAAGUAAAACCUACUUUUGGUUGCGUUUGAUCAAAAGUGUGUGUAUAAAAAAAAUAUUUAUGGCAUAUACAUAAACAUAUAACUAACUUAUAUUAUAUAUAAAUAUAUAUACAUAUAUAUGAGUGUAAUCAGCAUUACAAUAAAACAAAAACG